GCUCCACGACGCGCCUAGUGUACAUGAGAAUAUACGCAAUCUAAGUUUCGCGGAGACACGCCACUUUACUCUACAACAUUGUUUACAACACCUCCAAUACAUAUACGAUAUCCGUCUCUAUGCAUUGCCUCUAAUAAAUAUAACUCUAUCACUACUCAACAGGCGGUACAUCGUUCGCCAUGAACGACACGACUCUUCCAAAACUCCCUUCUGCCACGGGACAAGAUGCUCCACCAACAGCAGCAUCUGAGCGCGUUUUGAGCGACAACGAUGUUUUCCCGUUUCUUGUGCAUUCCCAAGAGUCAGUGACAAACGGAGGGCCACCAGAAGUCGAUAAUGGCAAGCUGGCGCGCCAGAAGAGAAGGCGAACAAGCCCAGAAGACCAAGCUACCUUGGAAGCAGAGUACAAGAGGAACCCAAAGCCCGACAAAACAGCGCGUCUGGAAAUCGUGAAGAGUGUCGCUCUAGGCGAGAAAGAAGUACAGAUUUGGUUCCAAAAUAGACGCCAAAACACAAGAAGAAAGUCGCGUCCACUUCUGCCACAUGAGAUUGCUGCAUUUGGACUUGGUGGCAUGGCGGCUCUAUCAUCCGACCCUAUACUCGCCAGCACGUUUGGGAGCAGUUUUGGUAGUAGCCAAGGCUCUGACCAAGUACCAGCCAGCCCCGAGACGGAACAAAAUGCCCUUCCCGUAACGCAUACGGAGGGACCCGAGCAAGCCUUCCCUGGCACACCGUCCCCAGCGGCUACUUCUGAUAAUAACCUCCACGGCAGAGGUCCCACUAUGGAGGCUUCCCAGCCAACUAUUACUCCUCUUAAGGCGAAUACUAGCUUCCAAUCUUCGGAAUCUUUUGAUAGUUCCUUUUCCGCUUCCCAAGGGCUUCCUCAAUCCUUACCCAGUACCCUCGGAUACCUUUCCAAUCGUUGGAAUGCAGGAAGCUCUUUCGGCAACCCGCCAACCUCGCAAACACCUGAUUUUAUGACACCCUUAAGCUUUGACCCGCAGCUCCCAUCAUCAUGCCCAGAGCGUCUAAAUGCUUCAACAAUCUCGACGCCCUCAUCAAAUGUGCGUCUCUCGCUUUCUCUAGACGGCAAAGCUGAGCUUGUCUCAACCGAGCUCUCUUCAUCCCCGCCGCGUCCUCAGCAAUCUCGCCCAUCUUCCGCACUGUCUAGUGCUCGUCGUCAUAGUGGUGGCCUCCAACGCAGCCAAAGCACCGCCCUUCCGUUCACCUCCAUCUCUCCCCGCGACGCCCCAUCGACGCCCUUUGUUCCCCGCCUCCCUACUGGUCGCUCCCGUGACGCGCGCACCUGGGAGUUCUGCGCUGACGCCGAGGCACGCGACGAACUUACCACACAAGCCGAGAAUGAGAGCAGUGGUAGUGCAGUAGCUGCCAUUAGUCUGAUCCGCUCAACUAGUUCUACGGCCCUUAAGUCUAACGCGAACAAGCGGAAUGCCCCAAGCGGAAAUAGCGAGAAGCAGCGCAAUGGAAGUGGCAAGAAGCCUAUGCUGGUUAAGGCAGUGAGUAGCCUGGCCGUAAUGCAGACUGUAGGCGGUAAACCCCGCAAAAAUGCCACGAAGCCAAAAGAGAAGGAUGUUGUGGUGCUCGUUCAAAGCCCAGGUGGAGAGAGUGACAAGGAAAACUGGAUUCCAGGUGAAGGCAACGAGGGCAGCCAGACUAGACGACCCCUGCCAAGCCACCGUCCAAAACUCAUCCGUACAAAGGUACUUGGGAACGCGAAGUCGUUCACGGGAGGGAACAGCUCAAAUGUGGGCAGAAGCAGGACUAAGACCACAAAGUCUGUGGAAGCUGAGAUAUUUGAAGAUCCAGAGGAUGAGGUUGUUGAUGUGGAGGUAGAGAAAUUUAUGAGGGGCGAAGUUAGUCCGAGUAAAAAGGGGGACUUGGAUUGUAUCCAAGGACUCCUCAGUCUGAGCCAGGGGAACUGGAGGUAAAGCACUGAGUGCUAAGUGGUAACGAGACGAUAUGCUAUUGUCUGGGUUCUGUUGGAUGGAGGUUUGAUGUUUGAUUCCUGUGUAUACUGGCGGUGGUGUUCUGGAUAGGACGGUUAGGUAGCAUGUUUUGAGUGUUCGGCUCGUCUUUGUUUAAUGAGCUCUCGCUUGCGAUAUAGUCUGUUAGAUUCCACGCCUGAAUACAUGGCAGUCACAAAAUCUUAAGAUACAUAUCCGAUAUAAAAUCCCAUCUGAAAGGUUACUAUGCUAUGAGAUCCCCUCAUCCCAGCGCACACGGGUAUAAAUAACCGUACAUAAUCAACGAAGAUGCAAAUCAUGUACCAUAAUGAAACAAACCGCUCCCCCUUACCUUUCCAAUACCGUUUCCUUCCAGUUUACCAUUUCUCCCUCCCGAAGACGCCUACUUCCACUCUAAAAGCUCUUCUUCUUAGCAUCCUGCUCGUUCGCCUCCGCCUCAAUCGCCUUAGCCUGUUCGGCUUCCUUCGUCUCUCUUACUUUUGCCAUAACCACCUCCCUGAAUAUCGACUGCUUCGCAAUCGCACUCAGACUCCUCUUACCCUCUGGAGACGCAGGUGGCCAGGGAUCCAGGCUCCCACUGGAAGACCCGGCAACAGGAGCAACCGCAGCCGCCUCAGAGUUUUUGGGUAAAUCGGAAUCUGCAGGUGCCUCGUCUUCGUCGUCAUCCUGCAUCUUAAGUGCCUCGAUGCGGUUUGCGAGCUUGAUAAUCUCGAUACCGCGGCGGAGACGUGCCUUCGCCAUGUAGGCUUUGAUCUCGGGCAACAAAUUGUGGUCGGUGGCGUUCUUGCCGCUGAGCCAUGGGUUACGGAGCGCUUCCUGUUACCGUGUCAGUAGUGUCAAACUUCGAUACGUGGCGACAGAUAGAUGGGCAUAAGACUUACGGCGCUUGUUGCUCUGGCAUCGGGGUUCGCCUGGAGAAGGGAGUUGAUGAAAUUCUUGGCAUCGUCGCUGACGUCCUUCCAGUAUCGCUCGUG